GGAGGGAGGAGAGACGAGAGCAGGACGCGCAGCAAACGACACAUAAUACACAGCGAGUAACGGCAACAUAAGCUGUCAGAGUCCUGAGCUGCACACAGAUCUCAUUAAAGGAUGUAUCGACCGUCGCAGCACAGUGUGUGUGGAGCCUGACGUUCCUGAUCGUCCCUCCUGUUUUCUGACCAGACUCACUGCGUCUCUGCUCUGCUGGCGAGUGUGUGUGCUGUGUUUGGACAUCUGAUUCUCCCUCUUCCUGAGGCCUGUCCACUGCGGUCAUGGACUGCGGAUUGCGCCUGCCACCCGUCAUCGAGGAGGUCUUGGAUCCUGCAGACGAUGUGUGUGACCUGAAGGCAGAGCUUCCUGUUUUCGGCAUCCAAAUGACGGCCAAAGAGCGAGGCUCGUUGGAGCACAACGAGGAGCGAGACCAGGAGGAUCUGGACACCGGAAACGGAGAGAAGGGCCAGGAGGACGAGCAGGAGAAGAAGAAGGAGGAGCAGGAGGAGCUCAGGGGAGCAGCAGAUGAGGAAGAGGAGGAGGAUGAAGAUGAGCUGGAGGUGUUGAGGUCUCAGGUGGUGCAGCUGCUGCUGGAGCUGGAGGAGACCAGAGAGGUGUCCCAGAAGCAUGAGGACAGCUAUAAUGAGCUGCAGGGUCUUUUGGAAGAAGAGCGUCUGGCUAGUGCCCAUCAGGCCGAGAGCUUCACCAGACAAAUCCAGAGACUUCAAGCCCAGCUGCGGUCAGUGCAGGAGGAGCUGGACAGUCUGGAGGAGGAGAAGGCCAGUGAGCUGUGGGAGGCGCAGGAGGAACUGCGAGUGGCGCAGGAUGAGGUGCAGGAGCUCCAACAGGCAGCGGAGGAGGCUGCGGCUGAGCGGGAAAAUGACAUCGCCCUGCUGCAGGAGGAGCUGUGUCGUCUGCGAGCCGAGCUGGAGCGUCUGCGUGGCACUACGCAGGAGUACGAGCUGGAGCUCACAACACUGAGAGCCGAGAUCUGCAUGAAGAACCAGAGCAAAGAGCAGCAGGAGAAACCAGGAGGAGGUGAUGUGGACCAGCUGAUGGAGGAGUGUCGCUCUUUAAAGGAUGAGCGUCAGACUCUGAAGAACGACAACAAACAGCUCUCGGAGAAACUGGAGAUACUGGAGCAGCAGCGAGCCAGCUCAGCCGAUUCAUGCCUGGCCCUGAAAACUCAGCAGAACGACACAGAGAAAGAUGAUGAAGUUGAGAAGGAGGUGAAGGCCGAGGGUUUCAUCAGCACGCGGGAAGUGGAAGGUGGAAAGUGCAUGGAUGCUUAUACCCAGAAGAACAUCUCGUUUGAGGGGAAACCCAUCACCCCGACAGGGAAGAGCGGAGGAUUUUCAGAGGUGUUUUCUCUCCGAGAUCAACUGAAACAAGCCGAGGAGAAAGCAUCAAAGGUCCAGAGAGAGUGUGAGGGACUGAAAGGAGAGCUGAUGGAGCUGCAGGGGCUUUAUGAGAGCAGUCAGAGGGAGAGGGCGGAGCUGGAGGCGGAGCUUCAGCGCUACAGGGCGGAGCUUGACCGGCUGGCCGGGAGGAAGGCUCAGGAGAGUGAGGGAGACUGGAACCUGGUGAUGGUUGUUGCGGUUGCAGCAGCAGCGGUUCUACUCAUUCCCAGUUUAACCAGAGCUCUGGCCUGAGGGCUGGACAGGAAGUGACCUCAUCCUCCCACUCCGCCCAUGGUACUCAAUUCUUCCUCCCUGACCACACUAAUGGGAACCGAAAACCAUCCUUCACCCGGGUCAUGCGGGAACACAGUAGCUUCCAAACUCGAUGCUUUUUUUGGUGUGCGUUGUGAUGCUGGUUGUUUGGCGUUCAGCUUUGCUUUUGUAGACAGUCAUAUCAGUUUCAACCAAUGAGGGAAGACUUCAACAGCUUCUGAUUGAUUCUCUCCUUCCCAUUUCAUUCGCUGUUUUCUUCUCUUGAUGGACGAUUUCGAAGGUCGUCCUGAAACUGUUUGCCUUAUCAUUUUUUUCAAUAGAACAUUUGCACAUUUGACCUCUUUUUGGCUGUCAAGAAUAAACUGCUUUCGUCUUGAGGACCAAAGAGGAUGCCGUCUUCAUCAAAAAAUGCUUUGGAUGCUGCAUUUUGCUUUGUGCGUCACUGCUUUCUGUUUAGGUAGAAGCAUGCAGUACUUUUUCAAUCUUCCUUAUUCUUUUAUUUUAUUAUAGAGAAGUAUCAUUAGUGUUCAGCAAUCGUGAUCUUCACUUUCGACCAGGGCAUGUUCUGUUUAAUUUCUGACUCCAAAACUGUGUAGGUGUCUGUACAGCACUAUUUAGAAAUUGCACAUAUCUGAUGCAUAAUGCAGUUUUACAUUCCUUUUGGUCAAGAAAACAGAAGAUUUCUGGUGGGUUGAGGUUAUUCCAGCAGGUAAACGUGCUUAUUUUCAACCUUCCACAAAUAUUUUUAUACGCGAACUGUUUAUUCCGAGACGUGGAGUUUGUAGAUUGAUUUUGUUGUGUGUAGAUUGAUAAAUGAUACUAAAGAGUGAUAGAUAUUUUUAUAUAAAGGUUGACAAAUGUAUAACACUAAAUGAACUCCGAAACGAGUGUAAUGAACAAGCACAGAUAUACUGUAAAUCUCUUGAUGAUUUCAUUUUAAGUUAUAUGAUCUUUUUUUAAUGUUUGUAAUGACUAAACUUAGCAUUUACAUCUAUACAAUCUAUUCUCUGCACACAAACAGAGGCAAAUCAAAGAGUUACAGAAAUGUUGGAAAAUGACAUGAAUCAGCGAUUCUCAACUGGUGCCCAAAAAAUGAAUCAUAGUUCUUUGAUCGCAGGGAUAAACAGCCCCAAAGUUUCAAUACUGUAGCAAAAUCUUAAAGCUUAUGAAUGCAAAAAACACUGUACAACAAAUGAAGAAUUCUCUCUGUAUGAUACAUUUCAAUGCAAUUCAAUGUUUGACUUUUUAAGAUUUUGGUAGCGUGUUUGGUUGCCAGCCUGAUGUGUAAUGUAAAGCCAGAUGAGAACUACUAUCUUACAGAAAUCCUUGAAAAAAGAUGUUUCUUAAGACUUGUGCAUAGUGGGACGAUUUUCGAAUGUGCUUAUCACCAGUGUUUUUCCGAGAUGUCUUUCGCCAUUCAUACAAAAGACGUUUUCUUUGACUCCCUGACAUUAGAUGGCGCUUAAUGAAUAACAGAAAUACCCUGGUAUACAAGUUGACAAACAGACACGGCUGAAAUCAUCAUAGAAAUUCUUCAUAGUUAGAAAUGUGUGCCUGUCUAGACUGUUUUGUGUUUGAGCACCACCAAUUCGUGUUUACUGUAACCUAGGCAGGCUUUAGCCAUAUGAACAAUCUCAUUGGUAGAUUUUUUUAAAGCUUCAGGCAUUAAAAAAAAAAAAAAUGACAAUUUUACACCUGGCAUUUUGUGCAUUGCUGUGCACACUCACAUUGUUGCCCUUUGUUUAGUCACAAAGCAUUAAACGUUAAAGAUAAGUGCAAGCGAAAGUCAUCCCAGUAUGCUUUUACAAUGCAAUUCAGUCUGUAGCAUUAAUAUAUAUAGCAUGAAUUGAUUAUCUAGCUAAUAAAAUUGCUAGAAACAGAAACUUCCAUACUGUCUUUCACCAAAAAUAUAUGGCAUUAUGAAAAGAAAUAGACAGUUGGCCUAAAAAAAUGAAAAUCUGCCUAAUUUACUCACCCUGAGGUAAUCCAAGUUUUUUUUUCAGAGACCUCAAUGUAACCUGAGAGUAAAUUAAUGACGACUUUUCAUUUUUUGUGUGAACUAUCCCUUGAAAUGAUGUAUAUUUACCUAGCGAAGUUCAAAGAAUGAAAUAUGUAGCGUUUUCCAUCAGAGGUAGAUGCAAAACAAAGUAUAAUGAUUAACAUUACUAUCGUUGAACUCCUAUACAUUAUGAAUGCUCUGAGGUACUAUUGUUAUGAACAAGAAUCUAUUUCUUAAUACUUACAGUAUCUAUUACUAUAUAAUCGUUUCUGGUAUACACACAAGUUGUCUUCACCUGAUGUCUUUUUACAGCACAAACUAGACUAGAAUUGUAGCAGUGUGUUAUGGUGUUAAGACCCGGCAGUAGUAGGGGAUAAUUUACAGCAUCCCAAGAUCUUUCCAGUGGCGUUUUCUGCUGUCUCGGUGAUAGACUCAGAAUUAUGGUAGCACAACAUGAUUGUUCGAUGUAUCAAUGGUCAGCUGACUUUCUAUAAGACGCUGCAUGCUACACAGUGACUUGUCUUUAAAAUAAAAUAAACGUGCUAUUUGUCCUGCACUGUUUUUUUUUUAAUGGAAAGUGUGUUUUACAUCAAAAAGAAGUUGAUUUAUGAUGGAGCCAGAAGCAAAUUCACACACUCUUUCUCUCAGCUCUUGUAAAUGAUGUAAUAUGUACAGAUUGUGCGUUUGCAUGUUCGUGACAGUAGAUUCUGCAUGCGGAGUGAUGGAAACCAGUGGUAGAUUUAGCUCAUGUGAUAAAUUAGAAGUAGAUUUUGCAUGAAAUCAAAUCGAAAUCAGAUUUCUUUCCACAUUUGUUUUAAGUUAUACAUGAAGACCAACAUUAUUUUUCUUUUGUUUUUGUAUUGUUAUAAAUAGCACUGAAAUAUUUCCAAAUAUCCGACCGGAGCUUUGAGAAAACAUAGGAUUUCUCUAAUCUCUAAUUUAAAGUCCAUAAUGCACAUGUAUAGUCCUGUUCUCUGUUCUGCUUAUCUUCUGAUUAAAGUCUUUUACGUUCAAAGAGAAUUACCGAUUGUAUAGGCUAACAAGGUCAUUAUAAAUCCAUCGUAACGCUGCAUUAAUGGUUGUCGGAGGGUGUUAAAUGUGAGAAAAUGUAGGUUUGUAUCAUUGUGGCGCUGCUGCUGCUUGUAUGUUUGUUUGUAUGUGGUUGUGUAUUGUGUAUCUCUUCUGUACAGUGUCUUUGACAUGUUUACAUGUUGUCUUGCCUUAACAGGCACUUAUUUAAAAAAGCAUAAUGAAAUUUGAAGUAUUUUGCUAACCAUGUAUAUUUUGUAAAUGAACAGGAACAAAUAAAGUCGUUUAUCCAGAGCA